UUUAAUCCAAACUAUUGAAGAAAGACAAGUUAUAUUCUCAAUGAUACAAAUAUCAACACCAACUGUAACACAAAAUAUAUCAAUAACCAAUACCCAAACUGCAACUUUAACUGCAACCUACACUCAACAAAUAAUACCAAGCUACUUUACUGACUCUAACGUAGUAACCCAAGAUAUUGUAACU